UGUUCAAAUAGAACGUAUCCCGAAGGGGGACAUGCCUUUCUUUUGAACCAAAAUAACAAUUUUUGCUAAUUUACAAAAAAAUGGCAUCCUUAUUAAAAAUACGAUUUUUGAUUCAAAGAAAAUUUUUGAAUUCAACCGCAAAAUUUCUGAGCAGUAAAUCUUCUGCUGUUGCAAGUACAUCCGGACAAGAAUCUGCCGAUUUGAUGGAAUUAAGUUCGGAAGAAAUAAAUAAACGAUUAAUGACUUUUUUUGAUCUUCCCGACAAUUGGAUUAAAGAAGAGGUUAAAUCUGGUCGAGGUUGGCGAAUCGAAGAACUUCGUAUCAAAAGUAAUAGUGAUUUACAUAAAUUAUGGUACAUAUUAUAUAAAGAACGAAACAUGUUAAUGACAAUGGAACAGGCUGCUAAAGAUGAAGUGGAAAACAUGGUUAGUCCAGAAAGAUUGGUUAAAGUUGAAGAUAGUAUGAAGAAUAUUGAAGAAGUCAUAAAAGAAAGAAAUCGAGCUUACUGGCAGCUUGAAGUUGGUGACAGUAGCCCGGUUGAAAGGCGUCGAGUUUUUCGUCGCGAUAUAUUUGGUCGUUGGAGAAUGAUUGCCUGUUCGGAACAUUUAAUACCAUAUUGGAUGAACAGUGAAUGGAGAAAAUUCAAUGCUCCUGGUUUCGGUGCCGAUGUUAUCAAUUUUAAUCGACGUUUCAAUGAGAUUCAACUAAAUCGUCGAAUGUCACAGUUAUUGAAACAACAAUUCUAUUGUCGACAAUUACUGAAACGAUUUCCAAAUAUUGAUCUGGAUCAUCUACAGGAACGAUUUCCCGAUAUCGAUAUUAAGCAUAUAAAAGAUAAUAACGAUGAAUAUACUCUUCAAAAUCGAAUUUCGCGAUUUAAUCAAAUUUUUUAUCAUAAAAAGAAAGAUAUUUAAGUAACUUUGAUUUUUUUUCAUUUAAUAUUCAAACUUCUGUAUAAUUAUU